AUGGCGGCGGGCGGCAGGCGGCGGGUGCUGCCGGCCUGGCUGGAGGCGGCGGGGGACGAGCGGGUGGUCGCGGCGGGGACCCCCCCCGCCAAGGGCGGGCAGCGGCGGCGGCGGCAGGCGGCGGCAGGCGGCGGGGCGGCGGUGUACUGCAUGACCGAGGCGGAGCUGGUGGAUGUGGCCCUGGCGGUCCUGGCGGAGAACCUGCAGCGCGAGGAAGGUGAGGAGAAGGCCCGGUCCGGGAGCCGGGAGGAGCAGGAGCUCCAGCCGACGCCAAAGGAGGCUCCGGGAAGCACGGCCAGCAGCGGGGGAGGCAGCGGCCGCAGCCCGGCUCUCCCGUCCCCUGCCGGUGGCGCCGCGGGGAGGCCAGGCUGGGAGGACUCUGAGGACGAUGCUCUGAAAUACGUCAGGGAGAUCUUUUUCAGCUGACGUUGCCUGCUCCGCCGCUGCCCAGGAGCCAAGGGGACACCCAGGACGGUGGGAGGAGGACCUGGAGCGGGCUGUGGAGCUGCUGUGUUGGUAGCCUGCGGAGCUGGUAGGAGGCCCGCGAAAGCCAUGGGGGAGAGGAAGGGGGCACUGGCUUCUCCCGGUGUGUGCUGGCUUCAGCGGGCUUUGGCUCCGGGUUAGGUUGUGUUCAGUUUUGCUCGGCAUCUCGGAGCACGGAGAGAUGAAAGAGGAGGUGUGGGUUCCCGUGAGCGUCCCUUUGGUGGGUCGGUGUCGGGGCUCGAGGGGAGCAGGGAGUUGCUGGCCCUGGCAGGCUUUUGCUGGCUCUGCGGAGCCGAAUAGUCGCGGUCCAGCCUUGGGGCUCCCUUGUCCUUGCGGUCCCUCCGUGACAGCUGCCGUGGGGCCUGGCAGGCUGUCCCCGUUGGGCCUGACGCUGGAUUUGCCCGCAGGCUCGGGCAGGCCUCCCGUAGCUGGGGAGGACACGGGUGGGAGCAGACUGGCAGGGGCAGGGACCGUUCUGAGGGGGCUGACCCCAUGGCAGGGUGCGCGGGGGUCUAGGGAGGGAUAAGGAUGGCUCAGUGGCAAGAGCCAGUCUGAAGCGGGGAUGAACAAACCACACGAAGCCAGGGCAGGUGCGAGAGCCUUUCAUGAAACGCAGAAUCAGUCACAGCAGCGUCACCAGCCACACCCCCACCACGAGGGCAGCAGGGGAGAAAACGGCCCCUGGUGUCCCGAAGGGGAUGGGGGGAAAGCAGGCGCUGCUUUG